GAAUCUGGGAGCCCAGAACUGAAGAAGCGGCGCUAGGCGGUUGGAGAGGGGAUUUGUUGGGCAGGCCGGUCCAGAUUUUGGAAAGGGGCGGGGCAAGGAACCAAAGAACUACUCCCACGCCCAAGGCAGUGGUGGAUGGAGAGUUGCGGGUAGGGGAGGGCGCGGUGCUGGACGAGAAGGAGAGGCCUCUCUCCUGGCAGGAAGCUGAGCUCUACGGAAAAGAGGGAGGAGACUGGCGGCUGCAGUGACUGGUGGGAGUCCGAUGUGGCAGAGGGGCCGCCGCUGCCAACGAGAGGGAGCGGAAGCCCCUCCCCCCCCUCCCCCGCCAAGUAGAGUUACGGAGACAUCGCCGCCGUCCUGUCCGCCUAUCCAACAGCCCACUUGAUACGUUCCUCGCCUAAAGAUCCUCCCUCCCAGCUCUUGCAAGCACCUAACUCGCCGUCUGCUGGUCCUCCUUCGACACAGCCUCCCGGCGGAGGCAGCAGCGAGGUGUCCGAUUUGGGAACUCGAGGCCCGCUAUCCCCAGCUUGGGGUAGUCUCUGCCCUCUGGCCUGGACAGUGUUGGACGCAGGGCGGGAGGAAUAAAGGGGUGCCCUGUAUUUCUCUGACUACAACCAGAACUCCAUAGCGCUAGCAUAGCCGGAACUAGCUAGGGAGGAAGGUUACCGCUUGCACGCACGGUGCAGGGUAUUUCCAGCUUUUCUGCCUAGCUUUAGAGGAAAACGGGCGUCUUGGCGUGUGUGCAUGGAAUGCACUCUUUAGGAGAUAAAGUUCACCGUGUCAUGCAUUGAAUUUAUUUUUUCUUGAUUUCCUUUAUUGGGCUGCUUUGUUACUCUGCUCCGCGCAGGCAUGAAGACCCCGCUCGCAAAAACGGCUUCUGGGCAGCGGUCCAGGACAGGCGCAGGGCAUGCCAGUGUGUCUGUUAUCAUGAUGAAGAGAAAAGCUGCACACAAGAAGCAUAGGAGCAGACCCAUCUCCCAGCCUCCAAGGAAUAUCGUGGGCUGCAGAAUUCGGCAUGGAUGGAAAGACGGAGAUGAACCUCAAAGAGAGUGGAAGCGAACCAUUUUGGAUCAGGUACCUGUAAAUCCCUCUCUGUACAUAAAAUAUGAUGGAUUUGACUGUGUUUAUAGAUUGGAACUUCACAGAGAUGAAAGAUUGUCAUCACUUGAAGUCCUUCCUAAUAGAGUUGCAUCAUCUAGAAUCAGAGAUACACACUUAACGGAAAUUAUGAUUGGCAAAGCAGUGGAACAUAUUUUUGAGACAGAGGAAGGUUCCAAAAAUGAAUGGAGGGGGAUGGUCUUAGCUCAGGCACCUGUAAUGAAUACGUGGUUUUACAUUACCUAUGAGAAGGAUCCUGUAUUUUAUAUGUACCAGCUCUUAGAUGAUUAUAAAGACGGUGACCUACACAUCCUUCCAGAUUCCAAUGAUUCUCCUCUCACAGAGAGGGAGCCAGGAGAAGUCAUAGACAGCCUAGUAGGCAAACAAGUGGAAUAUGCCAAGGAGGAUGGCUCCAAGAGAAUUGGCAUGGUCAUUCAUCAGGUGGAAGCAAAACCCUUGUACUUCAUCAAAUUUGAUGAUGAUUUCCAUAUCUAUGUCUAUGAUUUGGUAAAAACAUCUUAGAGGUCAUUUGAAAUUUGCCAAAUAUGUGAGACAGAUUGUAGAAUCUGAACACACAAAAAGUCUUGAUUGCCUUACAAUUUGUAAGAACCAUCUUCUCCUCUUUUUCACACGUUUUCCUG